UGGAGUGUUUUUUUUCUCUGCAAGAAUGUAAGUGUAUGUGUAACUACUGUGUGUAUCAUUGUGUGUUGUACAGAUUGUGAGGCACCAGAGGGUUGGGGCAGCAGGAAGCCCACCGAGCAGGAAAUCCAGGCAGUCAGGAUCCUCCAGGCCGGCUUCAAGGGACAUCUAGUCCGCGAGAUCCUCAAUGCUACUAAACCAGGCACAAAGGAGAAUCUCAGUGCCUCAAAGACACUUCAGGAGAUUUGGGCUAGUGUGGAAUCGGAUGCAGAGAAACACGCAGUGUCUUUAUUGAGGUACAUCUUCAGUAAUGAUGAGAGGACAGCUGAACUGUACCCCUGUCAGGAGGAUGAGUGGACCAGAAUCACAUUCACCGACUACUCUGUCCCUCUGCCUGAACUGGCCAACUCCUGGCUACUGGUCUUCAGAGAGGUGUUCUUGGUGCCUAAAGAAAUGCUGCUCGUGGCUAAGGUCUACUCCCCAGUCUCCUCCUGUCUGCUCCACGUCAUAGACAACAACACGGGAGAGGAGCUACCCAGAGUCUUCCAGAGAGUAGAGCCCCACGUCUACCAACACAACCAGCGUGGAUACACCUUUGUGGCGGAGGCCCACACCCCUGACACACCCCUCGUGGGGGCCAAGUGGAGGAUGCGUCUGAUUGGCUCAUGUGAUCUUCCUGACCUGGCACGAGAGGCUCCACUCAACAACUUCUCUGUGAAGGAAUUCAGGGAUUACUACAUUCCCAAUGACAGGAACGUCAUCUGCAGGUAUUCUGUGAAGGUGACCGCGGACCACGCCGGUACGGUCCAGUUCCAGACGUCCAAACCGGAUGUUCACAUCCGCCUCUCCGUUCUGGACCAUGAGGAAGUGGUGGCUAGUAACACUGGGAAAGGACACGUGGUCAUCCCGGUAUACCACUUCCAUCCUAGCAAUCCCGCCUCCUGCGGACCCCCCCAGGCGGAUGGAAAGCAGAGUCAGGAAGAGGCCAGAGUGAUUGGCUCUACCCAGGGAGGAGGGGGCCAGGAAGGCAUGGCCAUGGAGACUCCCCACCUGACCGACCAGACCCAGAACCAGCCUCACGCCCAGACCCAGCCGCCCAUGGAGACUAUGGGCCAUAAGUACAUAGUGGUGGCGGAGGUGUUGCAUAAGAGCUGGGCUCUCGACAACUCUCAGAUGGCCUUCGUCCAUACGCUCAGGGAGCUGGAGAGGAACGAGAUGAAAGUGCACGGGGAGAAGCAUGAGGACCCGGCAACUCCGGUCAGUGGUGAAGCCCAGAGCAGCGAAGGCCAGAAGUCAUCCACCCCCAAGGGCAGUCGCAAGGGCAAAGGUGACAAGGACAAGGACAAACCCCCAGCCAAGCCUGGCUCCAGGAUGGAAACGAGCCUGGAUCAGUCGAAGCCUUACUGGACGCUGCGUGUGGUGAGUGACCAGUGUGAUGCGGAGGUAAUUGAGGUGAGGAAGGACACAGAGAGACUGGAUGAAAUCAGAGCUAUGAAACAGGCCUGGGAGACCGCUGAGCCUGGCAGGUGUAUCAAGGCCCUCCAGUCCAGACUACAGUUCAUUAACAAACUCCUAAGUGGGGCCAAUGCAGACACACCCACUGAUGGAACAGAGAGUGGAGAGCCAGCUAUCCACUCCCAGUCUCCUGAUGCUCAUAUGAGUCCGUCCAAUCAGGAGCUGGCUCUCCUCAGCCAACCAGAUCCCUCCCAGCACCACUUACCUAUGGACUACACCCCCUUCAUCAGGAGGCAGCAGGAGGUUCCUGUUCUGAAGGACCAGGUGAUGGAGGAGGCCCAGCGGAGGGAGCGUUUCGAGCAGAUCCAGGGCUUCAGGUUGGUCAGAGACACUGUGCUGGAACACCGCAGGCAGGAGCAGGCUAACAGGAAGGAGCUCAAGAGACGCCAGCUGGAGAUGUACGACGGCCUACAGGUGGCGCUGGGAGUGCAGCGUCAGAAGGUGCUGGCGGCCCGGGAGGUGUUCCGAAACCGGCUACUGGAGGCGGAGCUUCAUCGUCAGGAGGAGGAAGAGAUGGCUCUGGAGGCCGCUAGGCAGGUGGAGCUUGAGAAGAACGCCGCCCAGCAACCCAGCAAGCAGGCCAAGAGUGCCAGCAAGAAGAAGUGAUCCCAUUGGGUACGCCUUGACUGUCCCCAACUCCUCCUUGAUUGUCAGCCAAUCUGAGUCCGUCGUUACGAUAUAGAGCAAUAUUUAUAGAGAGCAAUAUUCACCUAAAGUUUUUUUACUUCAGUGUUUAGAAAAUAUUAUUUUAUUGCAAAUAGUACUAUUCACAUGUAUUUGUUAUUCCAGUCUCAUUCUGAUAGUGCUGCAAUGGUGUCUGUUCUUUCUGUCUGUCAUUAAAACACCGUGUCAGCUGUCUGGAGGACUCAAACCUUA